AUAAUCAGGGAUGAUUUUUUGACCUUUCUGGACUUUCGGCAGCCACACUCAGCCUCCCUACCCCCUCUCUGCUCACACAGACUCACACGGGAACCAACUUUAGCACGACACCGGUCUUUAAUACCAACAUUUUUAACGCUUGCCCUGUGUGUUGAUUGAUUUUUUCCAGCAUUCCCUCAGCAAAUGGAUUUUUGCCACUGCAGCUCAGCAGAGGGUGUCAGAUCUUUCAGAGUGCACCAAGCUGGAACGAGCAGAGCCUCUUAGCAACUCACUUGUUCUCUUAGACACACACACACACAUACAUAUAUAUAUAUAUAUAUACACAUGCACUGUGUGUACUGUAAUCAAGCGACAGAAUACUGAGAGAAGCAAAGACGGAGAGCACAAGCCAAGAGAAGGAAACAAGAGGUGAAGAAAUGGACAGCAAAAAAACGCAGCGAUUGCGGAAAUUUUGCAGCGCCAUUGGCUUGACGAAGAGUGUUUAGGCUGGGGCGUGAUUUCAGCACCACGAAGCUGUGAACAGCUCACGCAGGGAACCGAGCUAUAUGUUCUGGGAAAGGUACAGUGGCUGCUGGUGUCAGGCAAGGAGAAAGCCUCUGCUUUAAAUACGCAAAAGGGGGAGGAAAAGACAAGGGAUCUAAAGAAAUCUCUGAUGGAGAUGGAUUGCUGAUACUUUGCAAUGAAAUCGGGGAUGAAUUGCUCUGUUUAAAAAUGCUGCUUUGGAUUCUGUUGCUGGAGAUAUCUCUUUGUUUUGCUGCUGGGAACGUUACCAGAGACGUUUGCAAAGAAAAGAUCUGUUCUUGUAACGAGGUAGAGGGAGAUCUGCACGUAGACUGUGAGAAAAAGGGAUUUUCGAACCUUCAGCAUUUCUCUGCUCCCACGUCUCAGUUCUACCAUUUGUUUCUGCAUGGGAAUUCUUUAACGAGGCUUUUCCCUAAUGAGUUUGCUAACUUUUACAAUGCAGUCAGUUUACACAUGGAGAACAAUGGCUUGCAUGAGAUUGUUCCUGGUGCCUUUCUGGGAUUGCAGCUGGUAAAACGAUUGCACAUUAAUAACAACAAGAUCAAGGCAUUCAAAAGGCAUACCUUCCUUGGAUUAGAUGAUCUGGAAUAUCUCCAAGCUGAUUUCAACCUGUUAAGAGACAUUGACCCAGGUGCUUUUAGGGACUUGAACAAGCUAGAGGUUUUAAUUUUAAAUGACAACCUCAUUAGCACAUUACCUACUAAUGUGUUCCAGUAUGUGCCGAUCACACAUUUGGAUCUCCGGGGAAACAGAGUUAAAACAUUACCCUAUGAGGGAGUCUUGGAACAGAUCCCAGGCAUAGCUGAAAUCCUUUUGGAAGAUAAUCCUUGGGACUGCAGUUGCGAUCUGUUAUCUCUAAAGGAGUGGCUAGAAAACAUCCCAAAGAAUGCACUGAUCGGAAGAGUUAUUUGUGAAGCUCCCACUAGGUUGCAGGGUAACGAUUUAAAUGAGACCACAGAGCAAGAACUGUGUCCCUCAAAAAAUGCAGUAGAUUCCAGUUUGGCUGCCCCUCCUGCUCAAGAUGAAACCUGUGAUCCUGGUCCAAUCCCAACUCCUUUUAAAGUCAGUGGACAAGAGGAAUCUGCCACCCAGGGUUCCUCGGUUAUCGGGGGUACAAAGAUCCCAGGGAACUGGCAAAUUAAAACAAGACCUACAGCUGUUGUAUCAGAAAUAAAUUCAAAUUUUAAAGCCCCUCACAUCUUUGUCUGCCCAUCUUUCUGUAGUUGUGGUCAGCAAAUCCUUGGCCCAGGAUUAAAAGUUGACUGCAGCAACAAGAAUGUGAAGAGUUUAGCAGACUUGGAACCCAAACCACCCAAUGUACAGGAAUUGUUCCUGAGGGAGAACAAGAUCCACACCAUAAGAAGAUCACACUUUGUGGAUUAUGGAAAUUUAACUUUGCUGGACCUGGGAAACAACAACAUAGGUAUGGUUGAAAACAACACAUUUCAGAACUUAACGGACCUCCGCUGGUUGUACAUGGAUAAAAACUGUAUAGAUACUCUCAUGCCAGAUAAGUUUACUGGACUGCAGAGUCUGGAAUAUCUGAAUCUGGAAUUUAAUUUUAUUCAGUUGAUCCUCCCCAACACAUUCAAUCCUAUGCCAAACCUCAGGAUCUUAAUCCUAAACAAUAAUCUUCUCAAAUCACUACCUGUUGAUGUUUUUGCGGGUGUCAGUCUAUCAAAACUUAGUCUGCACAAUAAUUACUUUAUGUACCUUCCAGUGGCUGGAGUAUUGGAUCAGCUCACUUCUAUCAUACAGAUAGAUUUACAUGGCAACCAGUGGGACUGUUCCUGCAAUAAUGUGCCUUUCAAACAAUGGGCAGAACGUCUUGGCCCAGAGGUAAUUGUAAGUGAUCUCAAAUGUUAUUUCCCAGAGGAAUUUUGGGGGAAAGAUUUCAGAUUCCUUUCAAAUGACAUGAUGUGUCCAUUGCUUUAUGCAAAAUUGUCCCCAACAUUAAAUGCACUUAACAAAAACAGCACUGGCUUGACUGAGACCAACACUCACCCUAACUCCUACCUAGACACCAGCCGAGUAUCAAUUUCUGUGCUAGUACCAGGACUGUUGCUGGUAUUUGUUACAUCCGCCUUUACGGUAGUGGGCAUGCUAGUAUUUAUUCUAAGGAAUAGGAAAAGAUCCAAGAGAAGGGAUGCCAACUCAUCUGCGUCUGAAAUCAAUUCAUUGCAGACAGUAUGCGAUUCUUCUUACUGGCACAAUGGACCAUAUAAUGCAGAUGGCACCCAUAGAGUUUAUGAUUGUGGCUCCCAUUCCCUGUCAGACUGAUAUGUGAUGUUGUCUUAUAGGUGAUCCUGUGAGAGAAGGAGGGGAGUAAGGUGGAAUAAACAUCCCUGCACCCUAAACCUUUUACUUAUACAAAGGACACAAAUAUUGAUGUGCAUUGCUGUAACAUUUGCUACAAUUGUGCCAUUUCCAUCAGCUAGGAUUUAUUUCAAAGCUACCUUAUUGUGACUACAAAAAAAUGACAUUGAGAAUGGAGCGUUCUAUAUCUGCCAGGUAGCCUGCUAUGCUAUCUGCAGAGUUUGAAGUGGAAAACUAUACAAUGUAUAAGAGAAAAAAAUAAUACAUGCACCAGAAAUGGAUGGUGUAACCAUCCUUAGUUUCAUGUGAGGAUAUUUAUAGGGGGUUGUUUUCAAGAAGGUUUAACGUCUGGAGCUGUUGGGGGGGCUAAACCAUGCAGCAUCUGCUGUCUGCUGUGUUGGUUCAGUUGGGUGAACGUUGCACAAUGGCAUGAAUGUAAUGUAAAUAAAUGACUCUAAUAUACCAAGUGCUGCAUGGCUCGCAUGGAUACAACGUACCCCUGGGGGGCGCUCAAUUGAACUGGAGAUCACGCCUGGGCAUACAAUCUCUCUGGGCCCCCAAAAGUCUCAUCUUCUCCAACUAUCUCUAUACAGUAUCGGUAUACAAAAAAAAGUGCCAUUGCUCUAUCUUUUGUAAUGGAUAUACAAAGUGCAGUUCACACUUUUACUGUGAAAAGGAAAAAAAAAUCUAUUAUAAUGUUUAAUUUAAAACGUGUUUGCAUGAAU